AUGUUCGUUUGCGAAAAUUGGUGCCAUUCUUGUGGUGGACAACUCGCGUAUGAUUCUAAGAACGGAAUUGAUGAUAUAUCCCGUCGACCGCACAUUAAUGAGAGUGUUAAAGAAUGCGACAAUGCGAUUGACAUUGAAGUUGACGAACAAGUCAAACCGACCAUCACUGUGAAGACCUCAACUCAAAAUGGUAUUGCUUCGUAUUCUCGUCUUAGUGAUCGUAAACUCUCUCGUUCUCGUGGGAAAGAUGGAGUUCAUGAUAAUAAUCGCGUUGUUCUCUUUGGUUUAUCGCGCCAAGGUCGCUUUUCACAAUUUGAUCGUACGCACUUACUGGAAAACAGUAUUGAAGACCGUAUCAUGACUAAUAUGCGGUUGCAGGCCAAAGAAACGCACAAGAAAACGUCUGCAAAUGAUGCAAAAGUCUUCGUUUCAACGGAUACGAAAUCGGACAACCUGUCAUCGAGGAACCGCAAAAAUGCUAAAGCAAUGGUUUCUUUGGAAGAAAAUUAG